AUGUCGUCCUACGCCACCGCUGGUCUCUACCGUAUGACCGUUGAAGAGAUGCUUUACACUCCAAGAACCCAGGUUGAGAAGAAGAAAUUCGAAGGUCAAGAUCAACUGACUGGUGUCAAGAGAGUAACCAAACUACUCGGCAAAUUUGAGUCCGGGAAUUUGGACCAAACUAUGGAUCAGUCAGAGGCCGAGCUCUCCAUCCACUUUGCUACGCCACCACCUCAACCAAAGCCUCGUACCAGCGUGAUGACCUCCACCCCAAUCAAAAACAACUCGCCAAGAUUCGAAGCUCCAGAAAUUGAAGAUCUGCUGGAAGAGAGUUUCGCCAAGUUGGAUCUGGUAGAGACCCCGAUUCUUCGUCAACCUCAUCGUCGUGUUGGAUACUCAGCGAUUCGGGACAAGAUGUCAAUGAUGGAUAAGGGAUACCAGACGCCAGUUCAAAAAAAGUCCAUUCUCAAGAAUACAUACAACUCUGCUGGAUCAACCUACUCCUCGGCUUCAUCCUCCGCGUCUUCUGGAAAACCAUCUUCUGGAAAGUCGACCCGUCCAAUCCGAGAGGCCGUCAACAAGUAUCCGGCUGAGAUUCGUGAGCAGGUCCAUCAGAAAUUCAACAAGUAUUUCUCAUGGAGUGCAGAACUGCUCCAAACAAUCGCCUCCCAUGUCGCGGAGACCAGACUGGAAGCUCUGCACAGCAUUCAACCUACAGAAGUUGUCAGAUGUCUGCAGUCCAUGUACCAGCUGUGCCUAGAUGGGUCCUGCAAGGAAAUGAAUGCACUCUGCUCGGCCCUAUUUGAUCUUCUUGGCAGUGGAGUCAACAUGCAGAUGGUGUCGAUUCAUGAAGAGUACGUUGUGAUGAAGUACUCCAAGAAGUUGUAA